GGCUGCAUAAAGAGCCAAUGUAAGAUAAAUAAGGAGUCCCAGAAUAAAAAUACAGACCUGGAAAUGUGCAUGACAUGUCCUCUUUAAAGUCUGGAAACCAAACAAGUAAUUGCUGAUACACUUUGAUAUAUUGACCUUCCACGACCCCUUUUAUGCUAAGCUAAUAUGCUUACAAUGUUGGGCCUGUGGUAAUAUUUCAUGGUGAUGAAUUUCUACACUAAACCUUGACAAGCGGUAAAGUUAUCGAUACCAUUCCUGUAAGCAGAGUUUGAAUUUUUAUCAUCUUGAGAUGAUAGCUUAGGUAUAAAAAGCAGGGUGUAAAUACCCACGGCCUCUCCCAUUACGGUACAUGUGCUUCAUAUAUCAUCUGUCCGAGGAGGUCACAGACUACUGGCGCUGCAUUUGGAUUUAUCUUGACACUGCUUAUCAGGCAAUACUGUAAAUACCUGUGUCAAAGGCAUUUUUAAUUAUAUUCAUUGUUUCAUUUCUUCUUUCUUCAAAUGUCAGUCAACAUUUACAUUACCAUCACAACAUGCACUGCAGGGAAAUACCCUAGGCUGGUUACCAGCCCAUCACAGUGUUAAUCCACAGAUUCCCUGACAUUCCUGUUCAGGCUAUGACCAGUUAGAGUAUACAGUUGACCUGGGUCCUGUUUCACAAAAGCGAUUUGCGAGCACUGUUUACACACAGAUUGCAAAUUGUGCUAAUGCCCAAUUUCACAAAUAAUUGUCACUUGCAAAUUGCAGAUAAGUUUGUGAGUUCUGCAGUAUUCUCAUAUUCUCAUGUGUGGAUUACGGAUGUGGUUUUUCUUUUAGUUAAACAUGUCAAAAUGAACUGGAGAGGAAAUGAUCUCAUCUUGCAAAUAGCAGCUUUCAUUUUGCACCUUUGGUGAAACGGCUGCUGACUUGCAUGUCUUUGGAAUGUUUGAGAAAACUCACAAGAACACACAAUAAUGUGAUUAACUCCACGUAGGGAGGACCAGUGUACAGGAGUCUGACAGUUCUCACCAUCAGUUUUCAUAGUUUUACUGACAACAAUAUGCACUCUCAUCUGGAGAAAAUUGUUUAAAUAGGAGUGGUGGUUGAGUGGAAAGUAAAUUUAGCCACUGAUGAAGCAUCCAGGCUUUUUCCAGUUCUGUAACAAUUUCAGAAUAAGUUUACUGUGGCAUUUAACUUCAAACCCCUGUGUUGGUUGUUAUACUUCAAAUGCCACUAUAGUAUCUCUGCUGGCCCUAUGUAUUUCUAGUACUACAGUACAUUUUCUCACUAUCAGAGACUGCGUGUCUCAGACCUAGAAAGGGAAAUCCCUCAACUACACACACACCCUGCAAAAAAGACACAUGUUGUACUGCCAGUAGUGUACUGGAAACCACGUCUGAAACAAUAACACAAGUAACAACAAUAAAAGGGAACAUACUCACUUGAAAUACUUGAACUAUGAAUGAAAUCAUGUGUUCCUGACUUUGGGUGACGUAACACUUGAGACUGCUCACUUCCCCACAACAGUUUAUGAAGAACAAUGUCGUUUUAAUGUGACCUUUACAUUUUUAAAAAUACUGUAUAUAAGAAUCACAAAUGUGUUUUUAGCAUUGAGUCUGGGAAGAUUUUUGAGGGAGAGUUACAAUAAAUGACUUUUAUUCUCUUUCUAUGUAUUUAGUAAGCCAUUUCUAUAAUACUGUUCUAGAAAUAUUGAUUAUCUAUGAGUCAGAACAUGGCGUGGCACACUGAGUUGAUGAUGAAUAAGUCUGCUAUAAAACUGUCUGUUUAAGCUGCAAAAAUGUUAUUCUUGUCAUAAACCUGCUCCUCAGUUGGUACCGUUUAACAUUUCCUUAUUGAGUAGCGUUCAGCCCACAUGAAAAUAAACACAUUUCCCACUAAGUCAUUUUCAGAUAUCACACACCAAUAUAUCACCAUAAAACUGGAACAUGGGAAAAAAUCCUGAGAGUACAGAAACAAAGACAACAAAUGAGUAAGGAUAAAUAGGUGGUACAUCAAGCCGGAUUUUGGGAUACAGGUGAAAAAAAAAAACGUGUAGAAGCAAGUGUCAUCAAUCAUUCCUCAAAACUUAUAUAGGAAUUAACAUUUCUCCCACACUUAUUACCCUCACUCUCUAGUCCUAUCUUCCCCCAACUUUUAGCUCUAUUUUCUAUGCUCAUUCAUCAUCCCAUUGUUCAGUCUGUCUGCGUACAAUAAGUGACUAUAAAGAAAAACUAUAAAGCCACAUGAUUACCUUCCAUGGUGCCAUGAAAUAAAACUUAAAAAGCUAAAAAAAAAAAAAAAAAAAAAAAAAAAAAACUCAUUAAACCUCUAACUGUUGUAUAAAAUAGAGAAACAAUCUACCAUGAAAAAGGACAUAAUAUUUCACCUUUUUGCCCAAAACCCUGCUAUUAAACAGGUCUGUGUGUUUGUGUCAGAAAAAUAAAGACAUGGAGAUAAUUAGAGUAGAAUAAUAAUAAUGAAAAUAUAUCACAUUAUAUUACAGGGAGAAAGACAAUAGGAGGCAGCCAGAAUUAGCCCUUAUUUGUAAACCACUCCCACUUCACACUUUGGGGCUUGGCCAAAGAGACAUGGGGGUAGGAGGGUAUGCUGGCAAAGACUAUAAGAGAGGUGACACCCAGGUGGAGCAUCAUACAGGUGAGCCUUCACGUUCUCAUGCCUCCACCCUCCGCUGCCUGUGGAUACUACUUCUCUGUACCAGACGCAGGAGUACACCUCUGACUUGACAAGACUGUCCUUUAAGUAUGUUGGCAGAAAUGGAGACGAUGGCUUAUGUGACUGAAAUCAGGCUGAGUGGAGGUCGGGCGGCCUGGAGCGGAGCGGCUCCCCCCUCCUGCCCUGAGGUAGACCUGGAGGUCAUUGAGGAGUACCUGCAGGAGCAUUUGCUGGAGGUUCAGCCUGCACACCCGCCACCGACCACAAUGGCGCAGCAAAUGCACACACCCACCCACCAGGGUACCAAGAUCACAGUGAAUAGCUGUACAGGUCAGCAUCCUUAUGAGUGGCACUAUGGCCCUAACACUCCAAAUGAGGAAUAUGAAGAGCAAGGCCCGCCUACAGCCUGGUCUAGUCGACAUGACAACCAAUGGGACCACAAUGUGUAUCCCUUCAAGGCACCAGCAUAUAUCGACUCAGACUCCCAGUCCAGCAGCUCCCAGUACCAGGAAUACCAUGAUUCCCCGUCUCCAUCUUCUGACAGGGUAGAUGGAAAUAACAUGGACUCCCUGCCUCUUGCCCCACUCUCAGGAAAGAGAAAAGAGCGGUUGUUCCAGUUCCUGUUCGAGAUGCUCCAGACGCCAUCGAUGCGAAGCUGCAUCUGGUGGGUGCAUUCGUCCUCUGGGACGUUCCAGUUUUCAUCCCAAAACAAGGAGCAACUGGCACAGAUGUGGGGCCGCCGCAAGGGCAAUCGCAAGACUAUGACCUAUCAGAAGAUGGCACGGGCACUGAGGAAUUACUCCCGCACUGGCGAGAUUCAGAAGGUGAAGAGAAAACUCACUUACCGGUUUGACGAGAAGACCUUGAGAGGACUACAAGGAGACUCUAAUACAGUGUAGGCGGCAUGAUGGAGAGUGUGUACAUAAGCAUAGAAAGAGAAUAAGCACAAUGGAUAUUCUGAGAAAGCUGAUUCUGCUGAUUCUGUUUCUAUGGUAUGUAGAAGCAAAUGAAUACCAAGUAUUUGAAAAGUCAGAAGAUGAAACAUUGUAGUUCACAGCUCAAUGUGUGAAAUCAGCUGGCAUUAAACAAUAUGUAAAUCUAAAAGGUUGUUACAUAAUAUCUACUUUAUAAGUAGAACUUAAACUCAACAUAAAAGUGUAAAAGAAAUAAAAAUUAAAAUAUUUUCAGAAUACCUGGUA